AUGGCUGCUGUCUUGUCAUCUGCAGUGCGGCUGCCGACGCCGCCGCCUGGUGAAACAUACUCACCUGGACCCUCGACCGCCCGGAAACGGUCGCCGCCAUCGAGAUCGCCAUCACCUAGACGUCGAAGAUCGCCGCCUAGGCAGGACCGAGAUGCGCGCAACGGUCAUGGAGAGGAUCGUGAGCCAGAUGAGCGGGAACGCAUGUUGCAGGCCCGUUUCAAGUCACGCGAAGAGGAGCCAACCAUACGGAAGCCGAUGACAGACGAGGAGAAGCAGGCAUCCGCGAAGGCCGAAUAUGAGAAGCUAUUGACCAUGCGAUCUGGCGGCACAUACAUUCCUCCAGCGAGACUGCGAGCGCUGCAAUCACAAAUCACCGACAAGACGAGCAAAGAGUACCAGCGGAUGGCAUGGGAGGCUCUCAAGAAGUCCAUCAACGGUCUGAUCAACAAGAUCAACGUCUCCAACAUCAAAUAUAUCGUCCCGGAACUCUUCAGCGAGAACUUGGUCAGAGGUCGUGGUCUAUUCUGCCGAAGCAUCAUGAAAGCGCAAGCGGCAUCCUUGCCAUUUACACCGAUCUAUGCUGCGAUGGCGGCCAUCGUCAACACUAAACUGCCACAAGUCGGCGAGCUACUGCUUCAGAGACUGGUGGUUCAAUUCCGAAAAGGCUUCAAGAGAAACGACAAGGCCGUCUGUGUUUCCUCUACUACGUUUAUCGCACACCUCUGCAAUCAGCAAGUCGCACACGAGACGGUCGUCGCACAGAUCCUGCUAUUGCUGCUUCAUAAGCCUACAGACGACUCGGUCGAGAUUGCGGUGGGUUUAACGCGAGAAGUCGGUCAGCAUCUAGAAGAAAUGAGCCAGCCAAUCGCUUUAGCAGUGUUUGACCAAUUCCGGAAUAUUUUACACGAAGCAGACAUUGAUAAGCGAGUCCAGUAUAUGAUUGAGGUGCUAUUUCAGGUGCGAAAGGACAAGUACAAGGACAAUCCGGCCAUCAAGGACGAGCUUGAUCUGGUCGAAGAGGAGGACCAGAUCACCCAUCAGAUCGAUUUGGAUGACGAGAUCAAUACUCAAGACUCGUUGAACAUUUUCAAAUUCGACGCCGGAUACGAAGCGCAUGAGGAAGCAUACAGAAACCUGAGAGCCGAGAUCCUGGGAGAAGGAAGCGAUGACGACGAGGAGGAUGGCGACAGCGGAUCAGACGACUCUUCUGAGGCUUCAGAUGACGAACAGACAAAACAAAUGGAGAUCAAAGAUCAGACCAAUACAGACCUGGUCAACCUACGAAGGACGAUCUACUUGACCAUCAUGUCGAGUUUGAACUUCGAGGAAGCAGUGCACAAGCUCAUGAAAGUCAACCUUCCGCAAGGUCAGGAGCACGAACUGCCAUCGAUGCUGGUCGAAUGCUGCUCACAGGAAAAGACAUACUCAAAGUUCUUUGGCUUGAUCGGCGAAAGGUUCGCGAAGCUCAACCGCCUGUGGACAGAUCUCUUCGAGCAGUCGUUCGCCAAAUACUACGACACGAUUCAUCGGUAUGAGACGAAUCGCCUCCGAAACAUCGCACGUUUCUUUGGUCAUAUGUUUUCGAAUGAUGGCAUUGGCUGGCACUGCCUGUCAGUAAUUCAUCUCAAUGAAGAAGAAACGACAUCGUCAAGCCGCAUCUUCAUCAAAAUCCUCGUUCAAGAUCUCGCAGAGGCAAUGGGCGUGCCGAAGCUCAAAGAACGCUUCCAGGACGAAAUGAUCAAGCCAAGCUUUACGGGUCUGUUCCCAAUGGACGAGCCACGCAACACUCGCUUCUCAAUCAAUUACUUCACAAGUAUUGGCAUGGGCGCUUUGACAGAGGAAAUGCGCGAGCAUCUCAAGAAUCUGCCAAACCAGCACCACCUCCUCUGCCAGCUCCAAGGGACUCCCCAUCCGAUUCAGAGAGCGUGA